AUGUACAAGGCCGUCACCCUGCCGACGCUGCUAUACGGAGCGGAGACUUGGACAGUGUACACGAAGCAGGAUCGCCGACUGAACCACUUCCAUCUCGUCCUCGACCGACUGACCUGGAGGAGGACAGUGAAGACAGACGCUGCGAUCUAUGAAGCCAACCGCAUCGCCGCCACCAAAGUGAAACGCGAAGCCCGCAAAUCACAGCUACGCCCAGUACGCAACCCCGACGCACAACCACUUCCAUCGUGUCCUCGGCGUCAACGGACAUGCCGGGCACGAAUUUGACUUAUUGGAUACGUCCGGAUCAACUGCACCUCUCGGACCGCACCAACCGCCGUCCCUUCGCCCUCCUCUUCCUCGUCCUCUCCGCCGCCAACUAACUCUGCCCACUCUUCCGAACCACCACGUCCAUCCAUCCUCCUCCUCCUCCUCCUCCUCCUCCUCCUCCUCCACUGCCCAAACAACGGCCGCUCUGGCGGCUGUCACGCACGACAACACUGCACGACAACACCGCACACAACCCUGA